GGAAGCAGUUUACCCCAUUCAAGUAAAAUGGGAUCGAAACAGAUUGCACAGGAAACGUUUGAUGAUGCAGUGCAAGAAAACAUUACAGAAUUUGAAAUGGAUCCGGAAGAGGCUGUGAGAGAAGCUGUGCAGCAGUUUGAGUCCCAAGGUGUUGACCUAAGCAAUAUUGUGAAAGCUGUGCGGCAGCCUGCCUCUGAAAAUGGUCAAAAGCAAAAGCAUGAAAUUUUGCUGACUUUAGAUUCCCUUGGGAGAGCCGUUGCUGACUCUGAUCUUGCUGAGAUGGCCGAGCAGCUAGUGGUCUUUACUGAUCAGUGCAAAGAACAGCUGGCUUUCCGCUACCUGGCUGGGCAGAAUGGUGCCUAUUCUGUGGUAUUCUCUGCCUGCCAGCUGGCUUCAGGAGACAGAAAUUUAAUGCUGAAAGCCUUUUAUACUCUGUCUGCCAUCUUGGAUGGGCAGCCAGACCUACUUGAGUCCGCUGGCCAGGAUCUACUGCUACAAACUCUGAAAGAAUAUAGGGAGGAUGCGGAAAUGACGCUGGCUGGGAUCCGAUGCAUUCGGCAUGCCUGUCUGAAACACGAGCAGAACCGCCAGGACUUUGUGAAAGGUGGGGUUCUCCCACUUCUGACUGGAGCUAUAGUCCAGCACGGAGAGAGUGCCGAUGUCGUCCGAAUGGCCUCCUCAGCGCUCAGGAUCAUGACGUUUGAUGAUGACAUCCGCGUGCCCUUUGGUCAUGCUCAUGAUCAUGCCAAAAUGAUUGUGCUGGAAAAUGAUGGGUUAAGAGUCCUCAUUGAAGCUGCAAAAGCAUUCACAGAUAACUCCAGUGUUCUCAGUGAACUGUGUGCCACCCUUUCUCGCCUCUCUGUCAGGAAUGAAUUCUGUCAAGAAAUUGUGGACCUCGGCGGCUUAAAUUUUAUGGUGGCUCUCCUGGCUGACUGCAUCGACCAUCCGGACGUGGUGAAGCAGGUGCUGAGCGCCAUCCGAGCGGUUGCGGGUAAUGACGACGUGAAAGAUGCCAUCGUUAAUGCUGGGGGAACGGACCUCAUUGUGCUCGCUAUAAGCCAUCACCUUGCCAACCCUCAGAUCUGUGAGCAGGGUUGUGCAGCCUUGUGCGUGUUGGCUUUGCGCAAACCUGAGAACUGUAAUGUCAUCAUGGAAGGCGGAGGGGCAUUGGCAGCUCUUCAGGCUAUGAAAGCACACCCACGAGAAGUGGCCGUACAGAAACAGGCUUGCAUGCUGAUCCGCAACCUGGUUUCCCGGAGCCGGGACUUUUCUCAGCCCAUCUUAGAGAUGGGAGCUGAGAACCUAAUAACAGAAGCUCGCGCAACACACAAGGACUGCGAUGACGUGGCCAAAGCUGCACUGAGGGAUCUUGGCUGCAAAGUGGAGCUCCGAGAGCUGUGGACAGGUCAGAAGGGAAGCCUAGCUCAGUGAAUCAUCGCUCCACUGAGCAGUGGAGCUUCAAGACGUCUAUGUACGUGAAGUCUAAGGGGGGAAACAAAGUGGCAUGGAUUAAUUUGCAGUUACAUUUGAACUGGAAUGUCUGAAGCAAAUGCCUGGCUUGUGAGGCUGUGGUGAACUUUUUAUUGGGAGCUACAGCUGAAAUGGCUUUAUGCAUUCACAGGCUGCAAAUCAACUUUGUGUUGUAAUCAUUCCCCGAAUCAUCUAAUGCCUGAAGAUGAUCUGCUCCCCGCUGUUAUUAUGUAUGUUACUUGUGUACAGAACAGGGCCGCUCCCACGCGCUCUGUUCUAUACAGUAAGAGCAACAGUGGAUCUUUUCUGGUAGGAGUUUGGUACAUUCCGUGGCAGCUGGUUCUGAUUUGUUCCUCCGCGCUCUGCUGAUGGAGGCUGGCAGCCUGAUCUGGUAAUGGGAUGGCUGAGGAGGAAAUCCCAUCAUUUGUGAAUGUGUUCUGUCCUGUUGUACUGUUCUACUAACUGUUAUUUUACUGCUGACCAUA